AAUAUUAUUGACGGAUCGUAAUCGGUUGUUGUCACAUGUAUAGUUCAAGGCAUUGUUUUACCAUCUGCUCUUAGAAAAUGUUCGGCGGAGUCAACGUUGAGCCUCCAAGAUGCAAACAAUUCACAAAAAGAGAUUCAAAUCGCCAAGAUAUUCUCGCACCGAGUAUUACUCCAGGAUAUUUUGCUCACUUCGCCAGACAACCCAAUUCAAACAAUCAUGUCCAAAUGAUACAAUAUCAGCAACAAAAAGAAGCUUUUGAGAAAGCUCGUGAAGAUGCCACUAAACAACAAAUGAUAAAAAAUGCCACCGAAAUUAAGUUCGAAAAUCACGCGCAGAAAAAGCGCUAUCAAAGAUCAUUGGAAAAUAAAGUUAAAGAAAAGUGGAAAGCUUAUGAGGCAACCAUCGAAGCAAGGCGAGAGAGGUUACAAGAAUUGCUGCAAAGAGAGGAAGUUCAGUUAUAUUAUGAAACAGUGGAUGCCGCCCAAAAAGGAGCCGAUAUGAAAAUGGAAGAAAUGAAAUUAAAAGCACAAAUGAUGAAAGCAAAACGAGAGGAAGAACGAUUGCAAAUAGUUCACGAAAAGAAAAUAGAACAAUACAAGAACCUCUGUCAAGAACUAAGACCAUCUCUGAUAAAGAAACGAUUAAUGGAAUCAAAAUACUCCCAACUUCAACAAAUUAGAGAAAAUGAGGCGAGAAGGGAAGCUGACCGAGAACUGGAUAAAAUGUGGCACGAACUAGCAGUGAAAGAAGUAGAAGCCAAAAAAGAAAGAGAGGUUCAAGAGAUGUUAGAAAGAAGAAACAAAGAAAAAGAAAUGUUAAUGGUUUGGGAGAAACAGAUUAAAGGGAACGAAUUGUUACGAGAAGAAAUAGGCAGAGUUGCUCAAGAGGACAGGCUUGAAAUGCAAAAAUUAAGUGAACAACUUCGGAGGGAGGAAAUCGAAGCUCUUGACAAGAAAAGGCGGAAAAGGGACGAAGCUGCUAAACAAAUUUUAGAGCAAAUCGAAAUUCAGAAACAAUUACAUGACCAACGAAAAAAAGAAGAAAAUGCUUUAGAACAAGCCUUUACUACACUUGCCCAGUUGGAAAUUGAACGAGAAAGAUCGUCGAUGCAAAACGCAGCUGAAAAUGCUCGCAGGGAAACUGCUAUGUAUCGACAGCACUUAAAACAGUUAGACGAUGAAAGAAAACUGGAAGAGAAAAAACUCAUGGAACUCUUGGAAAUGCAUAGGAAGGAAGUUGAAGAAAAACAGAAUGCAGCCCGGUGUAAAAUUAUUGAAGCAAAGAGGCAAUUGCAAAAGAAUGUUCUAGCUGAAAGAGCAAAUCAAAUCAAUUAUAAGCAGCUUGAAGCUGAACAGCAGCUUAAGCUGAAAGAAGCAGAGAAUGAGCUAUUGCGAAUGGCGUAUGAAACUAAUGAAAGGCUGCAGGCGGAAAGCGAUAGGCUGGAACGACAAGCUGCUCUACAAUACCGACAGGAUCUAAAGCGGCAGAUUGAUUAUAACACUGUCCUCCGGAAGAGAGAACGUGAGGAAUUAGAACGACAGUUGGCAGAAGGCGCAAAGGAAGAAGAAAAAUACAAAAAAAUAGUUGAACAAAUGCUGAGUGGUGAGAUUGAAAUAACUGCCAAACACCCAUUUCGAAAGGCCAUAGAAAAACAUGAUUGUCUCUGUCCAAUUCCCAAUUAAUAAAAUUUAUAUUAAAUUUU